AUUCAAGUAAUUUUUUUACAUUCGUAUAAUUUACUGUAAGCUUUACUUCAUUAUACCAUUACUUAUCGUUCAUUUGAGUAAGUUUAAAUCACGGGCUCGGAAAAUCAAGUGUGGAUUAAUUGUGUGUGUAGUGGAAUAGUGCGUGUAGUGACUAGACAGCUGUCAUUGUUGUUUCGUCGCAGUCACUGUACGAACUCAGUUGAAUUCAAUAAUAAUUUAGCCAUCAGAAUAGUUUAAUUAAGUCGAUAUUAACACAAAACGAGGGAGUGAUAUUCCAUACAAAAAUGGUGUACGCUUCGGUGCUUCGGCAAUGGCUGGGAAGCUAUAAAACACCUGACUCCGCAAUCACGGAUAUCGUAACAGCCACCAAUCAAUACAAAGGAUUAGAACCUCUGCUUGAGACAUACACAUUCAAUGAUGGAUCAUCUCUUCAGCUUGUUAACUUAACAGGUACAAUUCCCGUGCGUUAUAAAGGCAAUACAUAUAAUAUUCCCAUUAAAAUAUGGCUCAUGGACACACCGAGAAAUGCUCCCAUUUGUUAUGUGAAACCUACCAGUGACAUGUCAAUUAAAGUUUCUAUUUAUGUGGAUCAAAAUGGAAAGAUUUAUUUGCCAUAUUUACAUGAUUGGAAACCAAACGAUUCCGAUUUAUUAGGCGUAAUACAAGUAAUGAUAAUGACAUUUGGUGAACAUCCGCCGGUAUUUGCAAGACCCAAACAACCAGAAGUUGCGUACCCAAACAAUCCAUAUGCAUCACAAGGCGCUACAAAUCAAUUCCCACCGUACCCAACGGGUCCAGGUUUCUCAAGCUACGGUGGAUACCCUCCGUAUCCACCUAUAAAUACUAACGUAAAUAGCGGAGCGGGAAGUGGCUUCGGCGGUGGUUAUCCACCCUAUCAAGCGCCGUAUCCACCAGCUCCUGGCUAUCCAGUCCCCGGCGCAGGCCUACCGAGCCAUAUUCCCGGACAAGGCGUAAACGCUAACGCCGGUACGAUAAAAGACGAACACAUUCGAGAGUCACUGUUGUCUGCAAUCGAAGAUAAGUUGAUGCGACGCAUGAAGGAACAGUAUCAACAGAAUCGAGCCGAGUUGGAUACGCUCAAGAAGACGCAGUAUGAAUUGAAACAGGGGAAAGCCAAGUUGGAUUCUAUUUUAGAGCAAUUAGCAAAGGAAAAGAGUGAUUUGGAUAAAAAUAUCCUAGUUCUCAAAGACAAAGAACAAGAACUUGAGAAAGCUAUAGAACGACUCAGCAAUCAAGAAGCCAUUGAUGUAGACGAUGCAGUCACAACUACUGCACCCUUAUACAAGCAAUUGUUAAACGCAUUUGCAGAAGAAGCAGCCUUAGAAGACGCCAUCUACUACAUGGGUGAAGCGUUGCGUUGCGGCGUGAUCGACCUGGACGUCUUUCUGAAACAGGUGCGAACGCUCUCGCGGAAGCAGUUCAUGUUGCGCGCCUUAAUGCAAAAGUGCCGCCAGAAGGCAGGCCUCAUGCCUGUCUAAUGUUCCCCGGAAGAGCGAACGAAUAAUAUUUACACAUUCACACAAAGCACACUUGGCUUGUUAUUGAUUGCUAUUAUUGAGAAAUGUUAUAAACCACAUUUUAUCGACUUAUAUUAUUAUUAUAUUAUAGAAAAACAAAAUAUAUUUAAAAUUUAAACCCAUGUUUGUAAUUCUAAAUAAAAGCAGAACAGACUGA